AUGCCAAAUUUGUAUCGAACAUCAGAUGAUCUUGUUGUAUCUCGUCUCGAAGAUGGAAAACCGACUAAACUCCACCUGGAGAACAUGAAUCUCUUCGCAUCCGGUGCAUUCAGCAAUGUUUAUCGAGGAAUCGCAAUUCUCUCCGAAGGUGGUGGUGAAAAUGGAAAACAGCAAGAAGUUGUGGUGAAGAAGACGUGGCCGAGACAGCGUGGAAGUCCGUUGGAAGUUCGGAUACUCGGAAAAUUGAAUCGAUUAAAACAUAAGAAUAUUGUUCGACUUUUGUAUAGUUAUCAGAAAGAGCAUGAGGGAAAAAUAUGUUUGGCUUUGAUUUUCGAAUAUAUUCCAUUGAAUUUGCAUCAACAUUUGAGAAGUUUGAAUCGGAAAAUCGAUAUUGUUGAGGUGAAAUUGAUGACGUGGCAAUUAUUCCGUGGACAACAUCAUUUACAAAGAGUAGGUUUUUUAUAUGCGACAUUUUAGACGGGGAAGUAAAACAGCGUUGUGGCCGAGUGGUUAGGACUCGCGCCUUGCAUUUGCAAAGCCCGGGGUUCGACCCUCACCCGGCGCUCAACUUUUGUUUUCUUUUUUUUUACAAAGAGUAGGUUUUUAUAUGCGACAUUUUCGCCUGGGAAAAAAAACUGCGCUGUGGCCGAGUGGUUAGCACUCGCGCCUUGCAUUCGCAAGGCCGCGGGUUCGACCCCCACCCGGAGCUCAACUUUUUUAAAUUUUUUUUUUAAUUUUGCCACAUCAGCUCUAAAAACUUAAAGUUUCAGAUGGAAAUUUGCCACCGCGAUAUGAAGCCUCAAAAUCUGUUAUACAACGCUGAUACUGGUCUUCUCAAGAUCACUGAUUUUGGAAGUUCGGCUUUUGAAGCGCGGAAAACACCACAGCCAAGUUAUCAUGUGACAAGAUAUUAUCGACCGCCUGAAUUGCUUUUGGGUUCCAAGAAUUAUGGAUCUGAGAUUGGUGAGUUCUGGAAUACCUGAUCUCAAUGCGCGCCUCCUUCUCAAAGAUGUUCUCUGGGCGCGGCUCCUAGUCAUAGCUGUUCUCUAGGCGCUGCUCCUUGACAAUAUGCUUCUCUAGGCGCGGAUCCUUGUCAGCGAUGUUCUCUAGGCGCGUCUCCUUGUCAAAACGAAUCUCUAGGCGCGACCCCUUGUCAUAAUGGAUCUCUAGGAGCUGCUCCUUGCUAGGGUUGCUCUUAAGGGGCGUCCCCUAGUCAUAGCUGCUCUGUAGGCGCGACUCCUUGUCCUAAUGGCUGUCUAGGCGCGGCUCCUUGUCAGCGUUGCUUUCUAGACGCGGCUCCUUGUUUGAGUGUUGCUCCCUAGGCGCUGCUUCUUGUCAUAGGGAUUCUCUAGGCGCGGAUCCUAGUCAUAGCUGUUCUCUAGGCGUGUCUCCUUGCCUCAUGGUUUCUCUAGGAGCGGCUCCUUGUCAUAGGGAUUCUCUAGGCGUUUUUGCUAGGGUUACUCUCAAGAGGCACCUCCUUGUCGGAGAUGUUCUCUAGACGCUGCUCCUUGUCAGAGAUGUUCUCUAGGCGCAACUCCUUGUCAUAUAUGUUCUCUAGGCGCGGCUCCUUGACAUAGUGACCCUCUAGGUGCGGCUCCUAGUCAGAAAUGUUCUCUAGGCUCGGCCUCUUGUCAAAACGGCUCUCAAGGCGUCCCUCCUCGUCAGAAAUGUUCUCUAGGAGCCGCUCCUUGUCAGAACUGCUCUCUAGGCGCCCCUCCUUGUCAGAGAUGUUACCUAGGCGCGACUCCUUGUCAGAACUGCUUUUUUCAAGCAUCGAGGCCUAUAGAAGCCUAAUUUUUCCAGAAUUUUCUGAAAAUUCCAAACAUUUCCAGAUAUCUGGUCAUGUGGUUGUAUUUUCGGCGAACUUCUAAAAGGUGCAGUUUUCAUGGCUGGUCGAACAAGCAACAAUCAAGCCGAAUUAAUCUUCGAACUUCUUGGUCAACCAACUUCAAAUGAUUUGAAUUCAAUGAAAAUCAGCGAUUCAAAAUAUUCCGAUAUCUGGAAUUCCUAUGAACGAACUGCAAAAGGACCCUUCCCAAAUUUCGAUUUUAUGAUUCAUCCAACAAAUCAAACAAUGAAAGAUCGACGAACUGCUGUGUUCAAUAAUCUGAUCAGCCAAAAAGAUAUGAUCGAAUCGAUUGAUUUGUUGAAGAAAGUGUUGGUUUAUAAUCCAUUUCAGAGAUUGAGUGGAACUGAUUUCCUAAUGGCACCAUAUUUUAUGCAAAUAUUUCAUGAGCAAACGGUUCGAAUGAAUGGAAAAAGAAUCACGUGUUUGAGUGGAGCUGAUUGGCAAAUUGUCAAGAUUGGAGAUAAAACUGUGACGGGGGAAUCUACUUCUGAUAUCUUUUGA